CCACAGCCAUGUCCAGCACCGGUUCUCUGCCCGCCCGCUGCAGCCUGGAGCGCGCUCUCCGCACCGUGGUGGAUCUGUUCCACCAGCACAGCGCUCGCCGGGACCACCUGGACCGGCUCAGCCUCGCCGAGUUCGAAACGCUGCUGAGGGAACAGGCGCCGUCCUUCCUGAGCGUCUGUGACCGGAACCAACCCGGGUACCUGAAGCGCCUUUUCGAGGAGACGGACCUGAACCGGGACAAGGAGCUGACCUUCGAAGAGUUCGCCACCGUGCUGGCCAAACUGGCCGACGACGCGCACCGGGUGAGCCACGGCUCGGAGCGCUGCGGGCCGGACCGGGACUGACCGGACACCGGACA